AUGGCACCGGUACGCAUUGCUGUCGAAGGCUGUGGCCAUGGCAGUCUCAACGACAUUUAUGAGACUGUGGAUCGCAAAGCCACUGAGAAAGGCUGGGACUCUGUUGAUCUUGUGAUCAUUGGUGGAGAUUUCCAGGCUCUACGCAAUGCCAAUGAUGCGACUUGUCUUUCGGUUCCCGAUAAGUUCAAGCAAAUCGGCGAUUUUCAUGAGUACUACAGUGGUGCCCGUGCCGCUCCCUAUCUGACGUUGUUCAUCGGAGGCAAUCAUGAGGCGAGCAAUCACCUUUCCGAGCUCUACUACGGCGGUUGGGUGGCCCCCAACAUCUACUUCAUGGGAGCAGCCAACAUCGUCCGCUUUGGACCUCUCCGAAUCUCGGGGAUGUCGGGCAUCUGGAAAGGCUAUGACUAUCGGAAGCCUCACUAUGAACGAUUGCCGUACAACCGAGAUGAUGUUUCUUCCAUCUACCAUAUUCGUGAGCUGGAUGUCCGCAAGUUGCUGCAAGUGCGCACCCAGAUUGACGUCGGGCUGUCUCAUGAUUGGCCGAAGGGGGUCGAGAAGCUCGGAGACUAUGGUACCUUGUUUCGCAAGAAGUCAGGCUUCAAGGCUGAUUCCGAAUCUGGAAAGCUCGGAAGUGUCGCUGCACGCGAAGCCCUGAAUCAUUUGCGCCCUGCAUACUGGCUUUCAGCUCAUCUGCAUGUGCGUUAUACUGCCAAGGUGGCCCAUAACCCACCUCGUGCAAAUUCCACAUCUUCUCUGAGCCCCCCCAAUCCUGUUGUUGCCACCUCCGAUACGAAUGAUGCGGCUCCUAUUCCACACAGUAAUCUCAACACUCGCACCCUUGCUGGCCACCAAUUUCUCGGUACUGCCACUGGAGACGAACAGUCGCGCAUUAAGGCCUGGAAUGAAUUCGGAGAUAUCGCCAGACGGGCUGAGAAAGAGAAACGGGAUCAAGACGAGUUCAUGCGAAUGGUCAGGGCGAGACAGCCGAAACCUCCGCGGAACAUUACGUUCAGCGAAACAGCCAAGAUUGGCGGGGGUCCCGUUCAGACAUUUGUACGUGGCGCCGACGGAGAAAGGGUCGAAUCCGCCCCCAUCGACGGCGAGAACAUCGAAGACCUCGACAAAGUCAGCCAGGGAAACAACCCUGUGGUUCCCUCUUCCGAGGAGGCGGCUGCCAAGCAGGGAUCUUCGUUGUUUGCUGAGACAAGCAACGAUAUCCAGACAACUGAUGAUGCCCAGAUGACCAAGCAUGCCAAGACAACCCAAGAUGUCAACACGACCAAUGAUGUCGCGGACAAUAUUGACAAGAUCAGCAUUUCCACCAGCCCCAGCAGCGCUGCGAGCGUGAAAUCUCCUCCGGCCGAGAAGGCUCUUCCAAAAGCUGACAUCUCUCUAAAUUGGAGUGAUGACCGCCCUCGUGAUACCUGGUGGAGCGAUGGCGUGGAUGAUCGAGUUCACGAAGUAGAAGCCGAACUCCCGACCAGCCUUGCUCAGUCGUCUCUACCCAAGGCUGCCGCAAAUCGUUCGGAUUCCGAACGCCUUCCAGCCCCGGAGGACAUCAAGAAUCUUGUGACCCAGUUCCUGACCUUGGAUAAACCACAUAACCAUGAUGAUUUCGUCGAACUGCUGGAGAUUGAGGCAAUCUCCGAACAGGACGAUGCCGCGGUAGAGUCUCCCCUGCGACUGAAGUACGACAAGGAGUGGCUGGCGAUUACUCGUGCCUUUGCUGAUGAGCUCGAGUUUGGUGGACACCCCAAAAGCAGCGUCCCUGCCCACAAGGGAUAUGAAUUUUACCAACAGCGUAUCGCUGAGGAGGAGGAAUGGGUACAGGAGAAUGUUGUCAACGCUGGAUUGUUGAACAUUCCCACUGACUUUAUCCUGACUGCCUCCAUCUAUGACCCUAGUGUUUCAAUCAACACAUAUGAACAGCCGAAGGAGUACACCAACCCGCAGACCUCUGCAUUCUGCAAUCUGAUUGGAAUCGAGAACAAGUUUGACAUGAGCGAGGAAGAACGUCAGGCUCGCAUGGAGGCCGGCCCGCGCCCCGAAGAACCUCGUCAGUACUCCCAGGGCAACCGUGGUGGUCGUGGUGGACGCGGCCGUGGCGGCCGCGGUCGGGGUGGUCGACGUGGUCCUGGGCGUGGUGGUUUCAGUGGUCGUGGUGGGCGUGGCAACUCCGGCCCAUCAGCUCAGAGUAAUGAUGCCUGGUAA